GAGAAACCACCUAAAUCCACUGCCUGUCCACAGCCACCGCAGCGUGACUUGGCCAUCUGAUCCAGACCCUCUCUGAUCUUCCUCUGUACCCUGGACUGCCUGGCCACUAUCCUGUUCUCACCUCCAUCUGCACUCCCUGCCUGGAACAGCCAGGCUUUUAGCAGCUGGGGUAGGACACAUCCCAACCUUUGGGCAAGAGGGGAGCGAGGGUGGAAAGGAUAGUAAUGGGGGCCAGGCAGUCAAGUGCCUGUUCCAAGGACAAGGGCCUCAGGGGCAUGGCGCUCCUGCGGAAAAGGCAGAAGUUCUCCCCGUGGGAUGAUGCCCUGCUCUCAGGAAAGGACCCCCGGUCCCUGCUAAAGCGGGGCAUGUGCCACAUCAGCUUCAGCCUGGUCACCAAGGGAAUGACAGACAUCCCUGACUUUCUGUGGGGCUUGUCUGAGGUCCAGAAACUCAAUCUGUCUCACAACCAGCUCAGGGUUCUGCCCCCUGAGGUGGGGAGGCUGACCAGGCUGGUGGUCCUGAACUUGUGUGGGAACUGCCUGAAGAGCCUGCCCCAAGAAAUCAGCCUCCUCAAGGGCCUGAAGGUGCUGUUCAUCAACAUGAACUGCCUGGCCGAGGUGCCGGCCGAGCUGAGUGCCUGCAGGAACCUGGAAGUCCUGAGUUUGUCGCACAACCAUCUUUCCCAGCUGCCUGCCAGCUUCGCAGACCUCUCCAGGCUGAGGAAGCUGAACCUCAGCAACAACUGUUUUGCUCACAUCCCCAUCUGUGUGUUUGCACUGAAAGAGCUAGAUUUCUUGCAUGUGGGCUCCAAUCGCCUGGAAAACAUCGCUGAGAGCAUCCAGUGCCUGAGCAGCCUGCAGAUCUUCAUCGCCGAGAACAACAACAUCCACUCCUUCCCACGGUCACUCUGCCUCCUCACCAGCCUGGAGCUGCUGAACCUGAACAACAAUGAUAUCCAGACCCUCCCUGAUGAACUCUACCUGCUGUGUAGACUGGCAAAGAUUGCUUGGAAUCCAAUGGACAAAGGGCUCCAUAUUUCCUAUAACCCUUUAUCUAAGCCUCUGCCGGAGCUGGUAGAAGGGGGCCUGGAGAUGCUUGUCAGCUACUUGAAGGACAAAAAACACAACUGACAUGGCCACUGGAUGCAGGGACAGUAGCCAGCUCACUGAGACUCCAUCGACUGGGUACUUCUUUAGUCUAAGCUUUCUCCUCUUACUGUUCGUGUUGGUCAAGGCUCAUGUUAGUAUUUGCUAAGUUGUAGUUGAAUGCCAUUCUAGAGAGGUGUUUGCUUUUAACUUUGUAUGUUUCUAAUAACCCCCAGAAUAUCAUGUUUGUCUCACUUUAAACAUAAAUUGAAAUAGGACUUUGGUUUUCUCCAAAGAGAAAUAAUUGCUGGUCAGCAGGUCUGAUUCAAUGGAAUUCAAAACUUAAAUAUUUACUAAGCAUGUGCCAAGUGUGGUAUGAGGUGUUGGCAACAUCUGGUUUCAACCUCUGAAUUGGCAACUUGUAGCCAGGUAGCAACACCAGGACAUGCUCCUGCAUCAGCCUUGAGCAAGCAUUACUUGGGACCAAAGAGCAACCUGAAGCCCUGCUUCCCUGGUGAUGACCAAAUCAGCCAGAGCUUUUCCCUCAAGUUCUGGGGGACAGUCACAGGAAAUAUGUCUCUAAAAUGACUGGAGAGUAACAAGCAGGCUGCUCAUGUGUACGUGUGGUGGUGGUGAGUGAGAUAGCUUUCAGAUAAUAAAUGCAAACCAAUUUUAAUGUGCAGUUGCAGCCUUCUUCCCAGUUCUCUUGCACCCACAGUCGCAUCCCUGAGCUUUUCUAAAGACGCCAGCCAGUGUUUGGCAUCCUUCUAACUUCACUUCUCCCCAGACUGGGUCUGCCUUCCCAGGGAUGAGAUAGAAAUUGAUAAAAACAAUGGCCAAAAGGCAGGAAAGAGGAGGUAAGGUAUGGACAAGCCUUAAAGCUAAUAACAUGAAACUAAUUACCUUCCUAACAUUCAGAGAAGACUAAUAUUUGCCACUUGGCUUUCACAUAUGGACAUUUUAAAAAUGACUCUACUGACACUUAAAAGCUUUUGGGCCAAAACGCUGUAAAGUAUUAAAUUUAUUUUUUUUAAUUAUAAAAGUACACAGCUGUUAGUUAAAUGUGCCGAUUUCAGAGUUUCUGUCACAAAGGUCAUUGGAUGUUACUGUUUCAAGAGCUCCUAAGACAUUACUAUUCAUUAAGAAUUAAAGAAUUAGAAUGAAAAGGUAGCAGUGAAGAGUAUACAGCACCUACAGAUCAAUAGAGAGCCAAUUGUUUGGGUGUCUUGGCUCUUUUGUCUGCAGAAUAAAGCUAACAAUGCAAUAUCAAGACAGAAUUUGGGUUUGCUGCCAAGACUUGUC